AUUAAUAACUUAUGGACACUGCCUACCAAUGGCAAACAAACACAAUAAGAACAGCUACAGAUGUAAAUACAGGUAAACCUGUUCCGUCUGACACUUCUGAAGAUAAAGAAAGCUGUCCUGACUGUUCAGUUGGUCAAUUCAAAUGCUACAAAGGAACUCCUAAUGAUAGAGAAGGCCAUUACUACAGAAGGCAACCGCUUUCUGAGACCUCCGAGGUUGUCAGAAUGCACUAUAAUUCUCGAAAAAAUAACACCAGGAAACUUAGGCAGUCUUCCCCUAUUAUCGCCCUUCGGUCCUUUAAUAACUGGGUAAAAACCGUGCUUAUUCACAUAGUACUCGAAAUGUACUCUGCACGAGGAAAAAUUGUUCAAUAUGUGCUAGACCUUGCUGGUGGAAAAGGGGGCGAUUUAGGUAAAUGGAAUAAGGCUUUUAUUAGACAUCUAGUUUUGAUUGACGUUGCCAGUUCUUCUGUCGAGCAUGCAUUAGAGCGUUACAACGAUAUGAAUGAGCCGUCAUUUAGCGCGGAAUUCGUUGUUUCGGACUGUGGGAAACCUGGGCUUGCUAGUUACUUGUCGAAACUACCUUUUUUUUUUGACGUAGUCUCGUGCCAGUUUGCUUUACACUAUUUUUUUGAGAGCGAAGAAAGAACAAAGACCUUUAUGAACCAUGUCUCGUCAAAAUUAUCUCCAGGAGGUUUUUUUUUCUGUACGUUUCCGGAUGCUAGAGUCAUCGAGGAGAGAAUGAAGAGCGGAAGAAACAGGUUUGGAAAUGAAAUAUAUGAGGUAUUUUUUGAUGAUGAGAACGUGCAGUUCAAAAAAUUUGGUACAAAAUAUACUUUCAAGUUGAAAGAUGCUGUAGACUGUAUUCCAGAAUAUGUUGUAGACCUUGAAACACUGAAGGAAUUGGCAGCAGAUCGGGAUAUGGACUUGGUUUAUGAGGCCAAUUUUCAAGAGUUUUUCGAAUCUAACAAGUGUACAGAACUGGGUGAACCGUUACUGUUUCGAAUGAACGUAUCUCCAGACAUACGCUAUGUUGAUCCAAUUUCCUGGGAAAUGGCUACAUUUUAUUGCACAGCCAUUUUUCAAAAAAGAAGUGAUUGUGAGAUUUUUCAACCUGGUGUGAGAAAGAUAUCUAAAGACGAGAUUGUUAUUAUCGAAGAUUAGAGUUGUGUUCAUGUGUCAUCAACAGUGAUCCCGGAUCAAAUCUCUGGGUUUAUUAUUUAUUGGCUAUAUAGAGAGAUAUUCAAAUAAAUACCCAAUCCAUGAUUGA